AUGUAGCAAAUAGAGGAUCAAUAUGUGCCAAACGAGGAGGAGUAUGAAUAAAAGGAUUAGGGAACGAAUACUCGUUUUGGUAAGUUUGUGAAAGAGUAAUGGGAAAAGAUAGAGAAGAAGAAUUUCAGCUAAUUUGAAACAAGAGUAUUAUCAACACUUUAACAAUUGGGUAAUAAUUGCGCAGAUGAUUUGAUUGAAAAAUAAGUUGUAGAAGUAGUAUAGAAAGAUGUUAGCAAAUAAAAGGGUGGAAAAUAACAAAAGAAAGUAGAAUAAGAAAUAAAAUAAGUACAAUAAUAAGAGGUUUAGAAAUCUAAUGUAAUAUAUGAAAUAUGUGUGGGUUAAGAUUUAUAUUUGAAAUAUCUUAGACCUAAAUUAGUAGAUUAUGGUAUUUUGAGUAAGAUUGAUGAUGGUAAUUUAAAAUAGGAAGAUAAGAAAUAAGCAUAAGGUAAGAAGGGUGGUAAGAAUGCAGUUAAGAAAGAAGAUUUGAUGCGUAUAGAAUUAUCAAAGGAUAAAGUUAAUGAUUAAACAAUGAAGAUGUUAUAAUAAAUGGGUUUGAUUAUUUAAAAUUAAGAUUUAAAACCAAAAGAAAAUGAAUUCCUUAAAACUGAAUAAGCUAGUAAACGUAUUAAAUCUUUGAAAUGGAUGGAACUUAAAUUCUCUGCCUUAAUGAUCUAUGCCAAUCAAUUAAUUAAAUGCCAUAUUCAUUCUAAAUUUAGAGAUGAAUAUGCUUUUGAAUUAAUCUAUUUUCUUAAGAAUGUUUAUAUCAAUUAUAAAGAAUAUGAAGGUCAAUCUUAUUUAGAUGAAACUAAAAAAGAAAGAUUGGCACCUUAAGCUGUAGAAGAUCUUAGAUAUAAACUAAAAGAAUUAUAUAAAAACUUUGGUUUUUCUAAUAGAGUAUUGUUUAACAAAUAUCCAAAAUUAGUUAUAGAUACUGAUUUAAAUUAAGCAUUUAUAAGGACUGAUGUUCGUCCUUAUAAAUCAUAAGAAAAUCUUUUAGAAAUUCUUAAGAAAAUUGAAAAACCUUCUUUAGUUUUUUUUAGUACAAUGGUUGGAACAGGUAAAACUGUAUUAAGUGUUGCAAUUGCUCAAUAUUUAGCUCGUUUAAGAGAGAGCUUUGCUACAUAAGAAAACAAUGCUUAUAAUCAAUUAAAAAAUCUUGGUUAUAGAAAUCCUAGAGAAAUAUAAUUUUUAUAUUGUUGUCCAUUAGACACAGUUAGAACAUAAGUAGGAGCAGCAGCAUAUGAGAGAAAAUUGAAAUUUGCAAUUGCAUCAAUGUGGAAAGACCCAUAUAAUUCUAAAAUUGAUUCUGAAUUAGGUUAUGCAGAAUGUCCAAGAUUAGUUAAUUCUUGGUAAAAUAGAUAAGAGGAAUUUCCAACCUUAGUUGUAGCUGAUUUUAAGACUACCCUUGAAUUAUUAAAAGAAAAACAAACAUUAUCAGAAAAGGAGAAAUAUGUAGUAAGAUGGUAAGGUAAGGAUCGUAAAUUGGUAUCAAAUAAUCCAGCAAAACAUGGAAAAGAUUAUAUAUUAUUUAUUGAUGAACCUACAGUAGAUGCUGAUUUUGCAGAUGCUGAAGUUACUAGGAUAUUGAUUGAAAUUAUUAGAAGAGCACCUCCUAUUACAAUAUUAUCAAGUGCUACAUUACCUCCUCCUGAAAAGAUUCCACAUUUUAUUAAACUUUAUAGGAAGGCUUAAAUUUCUGAAAUUGAAAUUCCAGUUGUCCAUGAUUCUCAAUUCCACAUUGGUUGCUAAGUCUUUUCUCAUAAUGGUCAUAAAUUCUUACCACAUUAUUAAGCAUAAAAUAAAUAAUAAUUGGCUGAAAUCUUAGAUAGACUAGAAAAAAAUCCAUUCAUGAAACGAUGUUACAAUGCAAAUGCUUAUUGUGAAUUAUAUGAUAGAAUGAAGGCAUUUGGAAUUCCUAAUAUUGAAGAUUUUGAAACUUUUGAUAUUAUUACAUAAGAAUUUGUAUAAAGAAAAAGUAUAGAACUAUUAAAAAUUCUAUUAUAAGCCGAUGAUGAAGUAUUUAAAAAGGUAUGUUCUGAAAAAUAAUAAAUUUCUUAAUUGUAAUAAGAGAAUGUAUAAUAAUAAGAGACUAUAUAAUAAUAAGAGGGUGAAUAAUAAUAAUAAAUAGGAGAAACAGGUGAAUAAUAAUAAGAAGGUGAAUAAGUAGAAUAUGAAUAUGAAUAUGAAUAUGAAUAUGAAUAUGUUUAUGAGGAAGUAGAAAAUACAGGAGAAAUCAAUUAGACUGGAGACGGUACAUAAAUAUAAUAGAAAUCAAAAACUAAAUAUAUAUAUACCAUAGAAAUUGAUGAUGAAGAUAAAAUGAAAUUCACUGCUCCAUAUCAAAAAUUAGAUAUAAGAUAAUUAGGUGGAAAUAUGGCUCAUAAAUUCUUAGGAGGUUGUUUAAUUGCUGUCAAUAAUCCAGUAGAAUUUAUUAGAGCACAUUUCCAUAAAUUAUUAAAGAAAUGUGCUCCAGCUUCUGAUUAUGUCAAACAAUACUUAAAAUAACAUGAGUAUUUAUAGAAGGAAAUUGAAAAGAAAGAAAGAGAAAUAGAUAACGAAGAUGAAAGAACAAAACAAAUUUAAGCAUUAUAAGAAAAUAUGAAAUUAACAAUACCAUUUCCUGAUUUCUUGAAAAUAAAUACUUUGGAACAUUAUAAAGUAAGAAAUUAUUAUUAUAUUCAUUUAGAAAUUUGUUACAAAUGAUCCUUUGUAUCUAGAACAAUAUAGAGCUAGAAAAGCAUUCUCAUUAGAAGGAAUCAAUUACCAACUUAAUAUUCCUGAUGAUAUUAUGUUAUAUCUAUUUUCAGGUAUAGCAGCCUAUACAGAAAAGGUAUGUUUUUAAUUAAUUGAUUUUUAGCAAUCUGAAUUGGAAAUUGAUUAUUAUGAAGAAGUUUAAAAAUUAGCAUCAAAUGGGUAACUAGCUUUAAUUAUUUCUGAUGAUUCUAUGUGUUAUGGUGUCAAUUAUCCUUUGAAUCACGUCAUAGUUUUUGAUGAGAUGGCUGAAAAACGAUCUAUUGGUGCUUUGUUUUAAUUGAUAGGAAGAGCUGGUAAAUAUAUAAAUAUUAUAUUUUUAAAUAGGUCGUGUUGGUGUUUCAUGGACAGCUAAUGCUUAUUUAGGUCAAAAAACAUUUGAUAGAUUGAUCAAGUAUUUGAAUGGCUAAAAUGAAGAGACUGAAAGAGAUGAAGCUUACAAUAUUGAAUAGUAAAGUAAAAGAAUGAUUUAACAUCUGAUUGAAUUGGCGAAAAAGAAAAAGGAAUAGUAAUGAAAAUAUUAAUACAAUU